CCAUGAGACAUCUCGCUUUGUAUUUGUGCAAGCUAUUUUUGGUUGUAGUAGUAGUGGUACAAUUACAGCCAGUCGCCCCGUGCCUCGUAGCUGAUGCCGAUGAAAGGGAGAAGAGGCUGGAGUGGUGCCGCCUUGUGCCGCCAGGGCCACGAGCCAUUGUAUAGAGUCGUGGGAGCCAACGUAACCGUUUGCGUCGCGUUGGCCGUCUGCGCUUCUCGUUCCAGAUGCUCCAGCGCGCCACCAGUUCCUAUCUCAGACAACUCCGGCCGCCCAGGGCCAUCCUCCCCUUCCUCUUCCCCCCUCCCUUCUCCAUAUGCUCUGCGUGAAAUUGAUGGCGCCAGCACAUGUAAGGGACGCCAUGGCAUCUGGCAGUAGAUACGCGCUCGCCGCAUGAAGGGACUAGCGUGCUGCAAGACUAGAUGCAGUGCCCU